UCAGUGCUGAUGAAUGACCAUCAUGGUGGUGGUUGAGUGAGUGUCUGUUCCUGAAAACUACAAACAUACGUACACAUACGUUCACCCCAGAGUACUAAGCAUAUAUGACCUAAUGAGUUCAACUUAAGAUAGAUCCAGCAGUGAGUGAGUGAGCGAGUGAACGAGUAGUAAGUAGUCCCUGGACGCUGAUUUUGUUCUCGACCUGCCAAACGCAAUGUUGAUUGGUGUGUAGGAACUAGGAAGGCGUUUGCUCGUUACACAAGCACUACGAGAGUAACGCACGCAGCAUGUUCUUGGUGGGCUUGACCGGUGGUGUGGCCACGGGUAAGAGCACCAUCGGGAAAAUGUUCCUGGAUCUGGGUGUGCCCAUCAUCGAUGCGGAUUUGAUGGCCAGACGCAUCGUGGAACCCGGUCGAUCGGCUUGGCACCAGAUCCGAGAAGCCUUUGGAUCAGGCGUGUUCCAUUCCGAAACGGGAGAAGUGGACCGAGCUGCGCUCCGGAAGAUCAUCUUUGAGGACGACCUUCAACGCGAGAAGCUCAAUCGGAUCACGCAUCCCGAGAUUUACAAGGAGAUGUGCUGGGAGGUGGCCAAGUGUGCCCUGAGUGGUCACCAGUACGUGGUCUUGGACCUGCCUUUGCUCUUUGAGGCCGGUGUCAUGGUGGACUACAUGCAUAAGAUCAUCGUGGUCACUUGCGAAGAGGACCUUCAAUUACAAAGGCUCAUGGAGCAACGCUUGUUGAGUGAGCGAGAGUCCAAACUCAUGAUCAAUGCACAAAUGUCCUUGGAGCAGAAGGCCAGUCGAGCCCAGUUUGUCAUCGAGAACUCGGGAAACAUGGGCGAUAGUCGGGAACAGGUGGAGAAGAUCCACGAGGAGCUGUCCAGCUCGCCGUUCCACUGGAAGAUCCGAUUGAUCUUUGGCAUUGCAUUGGGAGGAGCUGUGGGGCUGUUAUGCUUUCUCACGCGAGAAAUCGUCAAGGCCUCCAAGAUGGGCGGCAAAUGGAGUCCGCUCACGCUUCAUUAAAGUCAGUGGACGAUCAUGUCACCGACACACCGACCCGGUCCGCAUAUUUGCCUCAAAUACAUUCGUUCAAUUCGCCUUCUCCAUUCGUUAUCCACAAUCUACCAUCCACCCUGAUCUAAAUUUUGAUCCCCAAAUUCUCAGUCUUUGUGUCAAGGAGCCACGUUCUCAAAUCUGCCAGUGAAUGCAGCCAACGUAGGGUUCAACCAUCGCCAGUUAGUCGUGUUUCGAACUGUAGAGCUCAGCGUUCAAGAAUGAUAUCCGCGUUUGGUUGAUAACUAUCACGAAUAAAAUAUAUUUUUUUUCUCCUGAA